UUUCCCCUUCUGGAGCUAGUACAGCUGAAGGGAGAGCUGAGCGGGGCCUCUCCACAUUUUUGCCUGGAGUGUCUCCCUCUCUUCCCAGGCGGCUGGAUUGAGUUUUCAUUUUCCCCGCCUCCUUUCUCCAUAGGAGGAGCGGCUGCUGAAGCAGUAGCCUCGCUUUGGAGGCCGCGCAGACCGCAAAAGGCUGGGGAGAAACGUCUCGGCCUUCUUUUCUCCAUAAAACGCGGGAAACUUCCUUCUUAACCUUUGGGGAGCAGGUUGAAGAACAGCAUUUUCUGUCAAAUUUUAGGCCCCCUCUCUCUCCUCUGUGGGGAAAUGGAAACAGUCACUAUGCAUCCAGCUCUUGGCCUGGUUUCCUUUGAGGAUGUAGCUGUGGAUUUCACAGAUGAGGAGUGGGCUUUGCUAAACCAGGAUCAGAAGGCACUGUACAAGGAAGUCAUGUUGGAGAAUUACGAGAACGUGAACUUUCUGAGAUUUCUUAAACCCGACUACCUCUCUUACCUGGAAGAAGGUGAAGAUCCAUUCGCUUUGGAUUCAGAGGAAGAGGAAAGAUCAGCAGCAAGUAGUUCAGGCGAUGUGGAAUAUUACCAACAGCUCUCUGAGGUGACCUUGGAAACAAUCCUGCAUGGAGCAGAGGAAGAGGCCCUUGAGACCCAAGAGGGAUCACUGAGGAAGAAGGGGAGAGAUAAAUCCAUUGCUGGACAGAGUGGUGAGAUCCAUGAAAUGCCAAUCCAGGAAGAACAUCACAACAGAAAGAGAUGGAAUAAGAGCCCUUUGGCUGAGAAAACAUUCCACCACACAGCGAUUCUCAAUCCAACUUGCAAAAUCCAAUCAGGAGAGCAAACGUUCAAGUGCUGGGAGUGUGGAAAGAACUUUGCUAACAGUCUCAGCCUUAAAGCACAUCAGAGAUCCCAUACGACGGUAAAACUCUAUAAAUGCUCAGAAUGUGGUGACCGUUUUUCUUAUAAGCUGACUCUUCUUGAACAUCAGCAAAUUCACACUGGGGAGAAGCCAACUGAACCACUGGAACGUGGAGAGCGUUCCAGGAACAGGGAGGAGCUUGUCAAACAGCAAUCCGUUCGCUCAGCCAAGAAACCGUAUAAAGUCGGAGGACGUGGAAAAUGCAAAAAACCAAGAACCUGCACAGGGGAAAAGCCACACAAAUGCACAGAAUGUGGAAAGGCCUACACAUACAUUUCGGCACUGACCUUACACAGAAGAACCCAUUCAGGGGAGAGACCCUACCAGUGCUCAGACUGCAGCUGGAGUUUUUCUGACAAACAAACGUUUGUUAGACACCUGAGAAUCCACACAGGGGAAAAACCGUACGAAUGCGUAGACUGCAGAAAGACCUUCCGUUUGAGUUCACAACUCAGUGAACAUGAAAAAACCCACACGGGGACAAAACUAUAUAAGUGCCUGGAGUGUGGAAGAAGUUUGACUAGUAGUGGAGGCCUUAAGUCGCAUCAAAGAAUCCACACAGGAGAGAAACCAUAUAAAUGUUUGGAGUGUGGAAAGAGUUUCCGACAGAGCUCCAGCCUUGCUUAUCAUCACAGAGUCCACACAGGAGAAAAAAAAUAUAAAUGUCUGGAAUGUGGGAAAAGCUUUGCUCAUAGCACUAGCUUCACUUGUCAUCAAAGAAUCCACACAGGAGAGAAACCGUAUGAGUGCUUGGAAUGUGGAAAAGGUUUCUAUCAUAGAGCACAGUUCAUGUCACAUCGAAACAUCCACACUGGGGAGAAACCGUAUAAAUGUGCCGAGUGUGGAAAGUGCUUUAGCCAGAGCUCAAACCUCAAUACACAUCGAAAACGGCACAAAGGGGAGAAACCAUAUGAAUGCUCAGAGUGUGGAAAGAGAUUCCCAUUGGCUCAGUCCUUAACCAAACAUCAGAAGAUACACACUGAGGAGAAGCCACACAAGUGCUUUGAAUGUGGAAGGACCUUCAGACAUAGCGUAAGCUUAAAGGCACAUGAAAGAAUUCAUACAGGAGAGAAGCCAUAUAAAUGCCUGGAGUGUGGGAAAAGCUUCAGGCAGAGUUCACACCUUAGUCAACAUCGAAGAAUUCACACAGGGACGAAGCCAUAUACAUGUUUAGACUGUGGAAAGAGCUUUCGUGUGAGUUCAGGCCUUAAAAGUCAUCAAAGAACUCAUACAGGAGAGAAACCCUAUCAAUGCUCUGAGUGUCAAAAAGGUUUCAGAAAUCGUAGUCAUCUUCUUUUACAUCAAAAAGUUCACGCUGGGAAGAAACAGUAUAAAUGUUCGGAGUGUGGAAAGACCUUCAAAUACAGCAGAAGUUUUACUCAUCAUAAAAGAGCUCACAAAAGCAAGAAAUCCGUAUAAAGGACUUGAAUCUGGAAAGACCUGUGUUAACGAAGUGUACCUUAAGAAACUUCAUGGUGUCCAGUUAGAGGGAACUUUGUAAAUGUUUGGAACAUGGAAAAAGCUUUGAAUGGAACAAACAGCUUAUUUCUCAUCUGAGACUCUGCAUCUGAGAAAUCAUAAAAUACCUGCGGUGCAGGAAGAGUUUCCUGUUGUAAUUCAAGCCCUAACAUAGAAUCAGCACAAGAAUGUUUAAAUAUCGUUUAUAACUGUCCCAAAUCUACCAACAUGGAAACAAUUGGAUAUUGAUAUCCUACUAGCAGCUGCAAAACUUGCAAUUGCUUCUCAAUGGAAAUUCCCUUCAGCUCCUUCGGCUUUGGCACUCCAGACUUUGGCAACAAUAUGUUUUAGCCAAACUAACUUUUAAUCUUAAUUCUUUGCCUUCACCAGCAAUGGUUACUAAGUUUCCUAUUUUAAGUGACUCGGCAAAGAACAGAGAAAUUCCAAAAGAACCUGUUAUAUUUAACAUAUACCUGUUAUAUUAUAUUUAAUAUACCUGUUAUAUUUAAUUUAAA